GACAGGCGGACUCAGGGAUCGUUUCUCUCGGGUGAUUGUACUGACUCGCACCAGCGGUCCUCAGGUGUCAGUAUGUCGAAAACCGUCAGUGCUGCGGAGAUCGAGGAGAUCAGGGAGGGUUUCCAGAAAGUGGAUGUGGAUGGUAAUGGCUACAUCUGCGCCUCUGAACUCGGGAAUCUCUUCCAAGAGGUGGGCUGUUCUUUGCCUGGAUACCAGAUCAGAGAGCUGCUUCAGAGGCUGGACCGAAACAAAGACAGUCGCAUCAGUUUUGAAGAGUUCACGGCUAUUUUCCAGGAACUGAAGGAUGACCGCCUGGCAAAGGGUUUCAGGAAAGCUCUCAACAAAAAAGAAGGCAUUGUCGCCAUCGGGGGCACCAGCGAGAUCUCUAGUGAAGGAACCCAACACUCAAUCUCUGAGCAGGAGCGCUUUGCCUUCGCCAACUAUAUCAACUCCUCUAUGGAGAAGGAUCCAGACUGUGCACAUGUUCUGCCCAUCAACCCCAGCACUGAAGCUCUGUUUAAAGCAGUGUCGGACGGCAUCCUGAUCUGUAAACUCAUCAACCACUCUGUUCCUGACACCAUCGAUGAGAGAACCAUCAACAAAAAGAAGCUCACUCCUUUCACCACACAGGAGAAUCUGAACUUGGCCUUGAAUUCAGCGUCUGCCAUCGGCUGCCAGGUCGUCAAUAUCGGAGCUCAGGAUCUUAAGGAGGGUAAACCUCACCUGGUGCUCGGGCUCCUCUGGCAGAUUAUCAAGAUCGGACUGUUUGCUGAUAUAGAGCUGAGCCGCAAUGAAGCUAUCGCAGCCUUGCUGGAGGAAGGGGAGAGUCUGGAGGAGCUGAUGAAACUUAGUCCUGAAGAGCUGCUGCUGCGCUGGGCCAAUUUCCACCUAAAGAAAGUUGGCAUGUCCAUAUCAAACUUUUCUGGAGACAUUAAGGACUCCAAAGCGUAUUUCCACCUGCUUGAGCAGAUCGCUCCAGACGGCAGCAAAGAGGACGUUCCGCGAGUCGAGAUCGAUAUGACUGGUGUCUUUGAGAAGGAUCUCACGAAGAGAGCAGAGUGUAUGCUCCAACAGGCCGACCGCCUCGGCUGCCGACAGUUUGUGACGGCUACAGAUGUUGUGUGUGGCAACGCCAAGCUCAACAUGGCCUUCGUAGCCACGCUCUUCAACAAACACCCAGCUCUCACCAAACCAGAGAACCAGGACUGGCAUCUGGAGAGUGAGACCAGAGAGGAGAAAACCUUCAGGAACUGGAUGAACUCUCUCGGAGUCAAUCCUCAUGUUCACCAUAUCUACGGUGAUCUGCAGAAUGCCAUGGUGAUCCUCCAGCUUUAUGAAAGAAUUAAGGUGCCUGUGGACUGGGACCACAGAGUCAACCACCCUCCAUUCAAAGGAAUAGGAGGAGGACAUUUAAAAAAGAUGGAAAACUGUAGCUAUGCUGUGGAGCUGGGGAAGAAUAAAGCAGGUUUCUCUCUGGUGGGAAUCGGGGGACAGGACCUCUAUGAUGGGAAUGAGACUCUAACUCUGGCACUGGUCUGGCAGCUGAUGAGGAGGUACACUUUAAAUGUUCUUGAAGACCUUGGACAUGGAGAAGUUGCAGGAGAUGACUUGAUAAUUUCAUGGGUUAAUAAGACGUUGGCUGGGGCUGGAAAGAGUUCAUCCAUCAAAAGUUUUAAGGACAAAUCAAUUGGCACCAGUCUUCCAGUUCUGGACAUCAUUGAUGCCAUCCAGCCAAACAGUGUGAACUUUGAGCUGGUGAAAACGGGAACACUGUCGGACGAAGACAAACUGGACAACGCCAAGUAUGCUGUUUCCAUGGCGAGGAAGAUUGGAGCGAAGGUCUACGCCCUGCCUGUAGACUUGGUUGAGGUCAAUCCCAAGAUGGUGAUGACCAUCUUCGCCUGCCUGAUGGGAAGAGGCAUGAAGAGGGCAUAAAAGACACACACACACACACACACACACACACACACACACACACACACACACACACACACACACACACACACACACACACACACACACAGACACACACACACACACACAGACACUCGCACACAUGCACACACACACACUGCCCGUUUGCCCGUUUGAACGAAUGAGACCUAAAGAGAGGGAACAAAGAGAUAUAGUCUUGUGUUCUUUUAAGUGAUUACGCUGCAUUAGCCAAAUAGGAAGAAACACUGUGUUCAUCCGUCAUAACACAGAAAUGGACACCUGUCUACAUUGAUACAAACAAUAGUGAUACUCUGAGGCUUCAAAGGGAAUGGGAAUUUUUCUUAAAGGAGACAUGUUAUGCUCAUUCAGUCAUCAAUCUGACUGAAGCAUCUGUUCAGCCUCUGUGUGACACUUGGUUUUAGCUCCUCUGAUUGGUCAGCCGGUUCUGUCUGUUGUGAUUGGUCAACCAAUUCCAGUCUCUGUUAAUUGGCUUCUGUCCUUGCUUUACCCGGCUUUGUUGGGAUGGCGUGCCAGACUAGCUGACGCCUUAUACUUCCUCGGCAUUGUGAUGUCACAUGACCGCUCAGACUCCCGACAAGUGUUUUCUUUGGGGGAGAGGAGCUCCCUUUACCACUGAUCUUGGGCUUUUAACUUUUAUACACACACAAACAAAUCCAAAGAUCACACUAGAGGGGAAAUUGAAAAAGCACAACAUGUCUACAUUGAUGUUCAGACACCUUGCAGUAAUGCGGUACUUCUGUAAAGUCCAAAUGAAAAAUAUUUGGGGGUUUAGGGUCAAUAUUUCUAGAUCUUUUUCUUUUUGGGCAGCAGAGUCACAAAAUGCUUGUUGAUAUGAAUACAAGAGUGAAUGUGUUUCUUAAAAUGUUAAAGCUGAUACAUGGGAAACAUUCAGAAACAAUGAUCAGUCAACAUCUCUCUGCCCUGUGGGAAGCUACAGUUCAAGGUAGUCAUGUAUCUGGUUUCUUCCCGAUUGGAUUUCCUUCAUUUUCCAUCACACUUGAGAGUUAUACAUCUGCAUUUCCCCAAACUGUCCCAUGUGCCGCUGCCUCAACGCUCUGCUGUAUCCUCCCACGUGCCAGCUAGUUCACGGUAUGAGCAGUUAUUGUACUUGCCAUAAAAUUCUUCACUGAAUACCUUUUGGCCUUUUUAUAUAUGACCGAAGCUGUGCUACAAUACAGACUUUCUACUAAAGACAACAGCAUCAUGGUUUUUAAUGUUCAUUACCUUUACCAUUAAUACUGAAGUAAUCAUAGUAUUGAGGGAAUGAUUAGAUAGAGUAAUGGAUGUCAAAUAUUUGUACUUUCAAGCCAUUUAAAUUAUCUUAUUUAAGGGAAUUUAAUGGGGUUAAUACAAUAUAUAUUAUUGAUCAAAUAACACAAAAAUUAACUUGCCUUAACUUGAAUCUGAUUAAGGUUCUUAGUUUCAUGCUAUUUGGUAAAUAUGCUUUUUUAACCCUUAAAGGUUAUGACAGUGUAUCAUGUAAUAAUCCAAUUAAAACUCAUAUAAUAGUAUAAUAGUAAAUACAAUAGUUUACAUUAAUUGACCCCAAAUAUCGAAUGCAUAUUUUAAUUAUUAACGUAACAUUUAAGUCAGAGAAAAUCCUGUUAUUAAUUACAACAUAUUAGAGUAUCCAGAAUUUAACCGCAAAUGUGGGUUUAAAAUACCAGAAUAGAAUCUCUCACAUUGUCAUGCACUUGAUAUUACUUUAGACCCUAAACACAAACCAAACCCAACCUUCAACUCAAGGGAAUAAGUGAUCAUUGUUCUUAUUUAAAUAAAACAAAUAACUGAAUUUGUUUUGUUGGUCUAUGCAAUUUAUGUUCUUCUCAGAAUUAACACGUCAAAGCUGCUACUACUUAUAACUGAGGAAAAGAAAGAUGUCAUCUCUCGUCAGUGCCCUUCCCUCUCAUUUGUGGAAAUGUUGCCUUGAGAUAAUUCCCAGGCUAUUCAUACAGGAACAUGUGAAUUAAAUGAUGCCACUGUCACUGAUUUAAAUAUGAGUUCACUUAUAACAGCAACAUCCAAAGACAUUUGUCCGGUUUAAAUCAUUUUACAUCCUCUUAAGAGGUUAAAUGCUGCAGCCGUAUAUAUGGAUGUGUUGUGAUCAGGUUUGUUGCUGCUGAUGAAUACAUUCCACAGUCAUCCUGUUUUAUUAAAAAUGUUUCUCAGCUAAGCAGUUUCCACUCAGCAGUUUAUUCUUACGGGUCAUUUGGAGUUCCACUGUAGGCAAAAACAAUUGCUUUACAUGCUUGCAAUACUUACAUUCAGUUUGUACAAUCAGAUCAAUUGUGUUUAAUAAAUGCAUUUUUACCAUAAAUUGUA